AAUAAUAACAACGCAUAGACCGAAGCAAAUUCUCUCUUCACCAUUCGAUUCCCCACCCAAAUCCUCAAACCAAAACCCUAACCCUAAUUCUUCAAAUCCGCAACAAUGGUGUGCAUACGCAAAGCAACCGUAAACGACCUACUCGCGAUGCAAGCGUGCAAUCUCUUCUGCUUACCAGAGAAUUACCAGAUGAAGUAUUAUCUCUACCAUAUCCUUUCAUGGCCGCAGCUUCUUUACGUUGCGGAAGAUUACAACGGACGUAUUGUUGGGUAUGUUCUUGCGAAGAUGGAAGAGGAGACGAAUGAGUGUCAUGGUCAUAUCACUUCUCUUGCUGUGCUCAGGACUCAUAGGAAGUUGGGGAUUGCUACUAAGCUUAUGACUGCUGCGCAGAAUGCUAUGGAACAGGUGUUUGGUGCUGAGUACGUGUCGCUGCAUGUCAGGAAGAGUAACCGUGCAGCUUUUAAUUUGUACACAGAGACCUUGGGGUACAAGAUUCAUGAUGUAGAGGCUAAGUAUUAUGCUGAUGGUGAGGAUGCUUACGACAUGAGGAAGCAACUCAAGGGGAAGACGAUACAUCCACCACAGCAUCAUCAUCACCACCACCACCAUGGUGGCGGUUGUUGUUCUGGGGAGACAAAGGGGAAUGCUAAAGCCUGAUUAUGAGAGCAAUAUCCCCUCAUAUUUUUGCUGGUUUAUUGAAUGCCUUUGUUGAAUAGUUUGAUAUUGACGAGAUGGUAAUAUGUUGCCGAAUAAUGCUCUGUUACUUGUUGUACGCUUAUUUAGUUAUGUUCGCUAUUUUGUCAUUUUACAAUUGUGGAUUUACUAUUUUUUUUUAUUGAAUGCACCCGUUUGUGGUUCAUCAUGUCAUGAUGCUUAAUUA